GGAGCGCGCGCCGCCUUGCUCAGGCGCGCGCCCCUGCUCGGUGCGCCCCUCUCCGCGCAUCCCAUUUGCGCGCGGCUCGUCCAAUCCGCUCGUGGCUGCGGGCUUGUAACCCGCCGGCCCGCCCGACAUCUUCCUUUCCUCCCGUGGGCUUCGGGGCGGAGUGGGGCGAUUGGGCGCGGGCAGGCGGGGAGGGGUCCCGGCGGAGGGGAGGCGCUGCAGGCCCCGCGCAGCAGCCCGCCGGGCGCCCGGCCACCAACAUGCCCGACGAGGCGCCCUUCAGCCAGCGCUCUGCCUCGGCGCGCGUCUCCUCCUUCUUCAUCGCCAACCUGCUGGGCGCCGAAGCCAAAGGCGGCGGCGGCGGCAGCGGCGGCGAGGAGCGCAAGGCGGACGUCGCUGCCGACGGGCCCCGGGAGAGGCGGAGCACGGGCACACCGGCCGCCAGCCCAUGCGCCUUCGCCUGCUGCCAGUGCCGCGCCGCCCGCCUGGACCUCGGCCCGCCCGGCUACCCGCUCCGAGAAAGCGCCCUGGACUGGUACCGAGGGGCGCACGUGGCCUUCAUCGGAUGCGCCAGCCCGGAGACCAGCGACAGAGAUUCUCCGGAGUCCCCUGAGGUGGCGGCCGGCGCGGCCCGGAGCCCCGCAGGGCGGCGAGAAGAGGCGGCGGGCAGCGCGGCGGCGACUGAGGAGCGAGUCGAGGCGCGGUCGAGUGCGGCGGCGGCGGCGGCCGGGCGCAAGAAGAAGACGCGCACGGUCUUCAGCCGCAGCCAGGUCUUCCAGCUGGAGUCCACCUUCGACGUGAAGCGCUACCUGAGCAGCGCCGAGCGCGCCGGCCUGGCAGCCUCGCUGCACCUCACGGAGACGCAGGUCAAGAUCUGGUUCCAGAACCGGCGCAACAAGUGGAAGCGGCAGCUGGCCGCAGACCUGGAGGCCGCCGCGCACCUCGCCCAGCCGGCCCAGCGCCUGGGUGUCGCGCCCAUUCUUUCACCGACGAGAACUUCGCCUUCCACUGCAGCGCCCUGCUCGGUGCAAGCUUACCUGCAGCCCUUCUGGCCCCAGUCCCACGCCUUCGCUGCUGCGGGCCCUCUCUUACUCCUGCUGCCGCUGGCCUCCUUCUCCUCCGCAGCGGCGGCCCCGACGGCGCCCUUCCUGCGCGCGCAGAUGAGCGGCCUGGUGUGAUCACGCGCCCCUGGUGUGAUCACGAGCCGGGGACCGGACUGCGCUCAAGGGGCUGCCUGGCUAGUUGGGGGGAGGGCGGCCGGCAGCGGGAGCAAGGAGGGAGACGACCCCCUUGGCCAGCCCCGCCAGGUCUCAGCGUCCUCCUCCGAUGCGCCCGGAGACGCGCCUGCGGCAGCACCGUGGUCCGCCCGCGCAUUCCCGGAGCCGAGAGCCUCGACGGUGCCGAGCAAGAGAAGAAUGUAUUUUGUCCUGGAGACAUUUUUCCCGCCCCUUCCCCCCCCCCCAACGGGGCACGUCAAAGGGAGACAGGGAAGGUCGUGCCCCUAACCCCUGCCGCCGCCGCCGCCGCCGGCUUCCUGGCCUCGCCGCGGGCUCGCCAGCGUGGAGGCCAAGUUCGGGCCUGCUGCGGGGCUUGGCUUGGCGGGCCUGCUGCGAAGGUCCCCCUCCCGGGAAGCGGGGCGUCGGCGGGCGCUGCGUUCCCCCAAAGAGGGCCGGAUUGGCCGCCGGGCCAAGGGCUGCGUCUGGGCCGCGCUCGUGUGGCGAAGGAGAGAGAAUGGAUGCCGGGCCGUUCCCGAGUUGUUCGCUGUGCUUUUUCCCUCCGCAAGGCUUGCAAAGGCCAACGAGCGCGUCUCCCUCGCCCCACCGCGCAGCACGCCCGGCCCGGGGCACGGACGGAGCCAGCGAUUUUCUCACCGUUUUCCGCCGCACCUCCCAGGCCUCAGCCAGCCCGCAAGGGAGCGUCGCUCUGCGUAACGCCUCGCGGGGUCCCAGUUCGGGUUGCAGUGAAGCGCGGGUGGACCCCUCGGAAGACUUUGGCCGGGCAGGUCAGGCUGUGUCAAGCAGGUGCCGCCCGCCUUUCCUGCAGGAACCGCCUUUCCUCGUUUUGGCUCAGCGCGGUUGACAGUAACAUCACCGGGUCCCAAAUUAAUCCUCCGGGGGGGGGGGGGCGGCGGCGGCUUUUGUUAAAAAGGGAGCUGAAAGGAAAGGAGGCCGAGAGAGGGGGCUGGCAGGCGGGGUCUCGCAGGGAUCUGCCUGGAGAGAUCGGCUUUGAUCCUUCACCUUGUCGUGAUAUCCCGACGGAUUUCUGCCUGUUUGCUGGGUGAGGUUCGCUCUGAGUGGCCUGGCCUGGGUUCGAGGGGGGAGGGUCGUUUUUUCGUUUGUUUUUGUUUUUAAUUUUCUGUUUUAUUGCUUAAUUUAUGUUUGGGCAGGUCUGGUUUGUACGCGGUUCCGCCGCUCCUGAGACGACACGUUUUAUCCCAACAUGAUCUAUGCAGAGAACUUAA